AUGAAGUUCAGCCUCGUUGCUCUUACCGCCCUCGCUGCUGUCGCCGCAGCUGCUCCCAGCGUGGAGAGGGAUGGGCUUGAGAUUCGCGCCGAGGAGCCCAAGCAGGUCAAGAAGCUCACGUUCUACACCUGGGACGGCAAGGCUCAGGAUAUCGGUGACGCCACCGUCUUCUACAACGACCCCGACGUCGUUGCCGACGUCCCCAAGAAUGCUGGAGCAGGUGGCGCGGCAGGGCUUGCAACAUCUGUCACACCUGCAGCCACAGCUACUGGGGUGGCUGCCGUACUGGCCGCUGCUGCGCCUCCUGGUGGUUCCCCACAGAUGGCUCUCGCUUGCUUUAAUCGCUCAGAAGUAAUCUCUCGUACUCCUCAUUUCUAUGGACUGUUGCAACAGAGGCAGCUCCCGCUUCGGGAUCUCAGCCGAUCGGAGAUCAGCUUGGAGCAUCCCUGA